CUGUUCUCGAAUAUUGUAAGAACAACAUACGAUGGUGCGCAUCAAGUGGAACUCGAAGCCCAAGGUCAAGGAUGGCCAACUUGUAUUUAACGAGCUUGGGCGCUCCUCGCGCGUCGUCAACGAAUGGAUGAACCGCCUUCUGAAAGCCCUUGGGGGUGGCACUACACCAGAUACAAUGAUCGGAACUGGUAACGCCGGCGAACAUGCCAUGAGUGUUGAUCUUGCCCUCAAACUCCGAUUUGCAACCGGCUAUGCAGUUGAACCGUUCCAAUUGAUCGAUAUAUGGGAACGAUUCGCCUUUUCACAACAGCCAUUAUCAGUGCGGAUCCUACAGAUCGAAACCUGCAACCCCCACAUUCAUAACGCGGGGCAUGGUGAUUAUCACAUCGAGCGCAUGCAGACCCAGGGACUCAGCACGAUAUAUCAUUCGAACCUUCCGACUUCUGGACUCAAAGACGAUCUUCGCUGUUACAUGCAAAAGAAUUUGGCCGGGUUCAUAGGCGACAACGGAGAACCUAGGAAACCACGCAUAUAUGAUCCACUUGAUUCCCUGGACUGGACGAUCUUUGAAAAGGCUCUCCUGAAGAUGAAAUUUUGCUAGGUACAAGGUAGGGGAAUCGGUAGCAGUCUAGAUGCAGGUGGGACAGACA